CACCAUGAACGGAGUAUUCCGAGACCUGCUCGACAAGUGUGUCAUCGUCUAUCUUGAUGACAUUCUGAUCUACAGCAAGACACAGGAACAGCACCUCAAGGACCUUGAGCAAGUUUUCCGGCGGCUGCAAGAAAACCGGCUCAUCACGAAGGGCUCCAAGUGCGAGUUCCUAAAAUCCGAACUGGAAUUUUUGGGACAUGUCGUGGGAGCGGACGGCAUAAAAAUCGACCCGAAAAAAAUCACAGCGAUUCGCGACUGGAAGCCGCCGACGAAUUUACAGGAGCUGCAGAGUUUUCUCGGGUUCGUUAAUUAUGUCCGGAGGUUUAUCCCCAAUAUGGCAGGGAUAACCGGACCGUUAACUGACCUGCUGCGGAAGGGCACUUUGUUUGAAUGGGGGGAGAGACAGCAGACUGCUUUCGAUGAACUACGAAAUUCUCUGACGUCGCCCCCGGUCCUCCGAAUCGCCGACCCAUCUCGACCGUUCGAAGUCUUGACGGACGCUAGCGAUUUCGCCAUCGGUGCGAUAAUGUUACAAGAUUUCGGCGACGGACUCCAACCCAUCGCGUAUGAGUCUAGGAAGUUGCAGGCAGCCGAGCGCAACUACCCCGUCCACGACAAAGAAAUGCCCGCCAUCGUGCACGCAUUCAAGGUGUGGCGAUGCUACUUGACGGGAGCCGACGUGACAGUACGGACAGACCAUAAAUCCCUACAGUACCUCCGCGCGCAGCCGAAUCUAAAUCCACGGCAGAUUCGCUGGCUGGACUUCCUCGAAAGCAACUUCCACUACACCAUCACGUACAAACGGGGAACGAAUAACAUCGCUGACGCGCUGACAAGACCAUCCGCCCACCUCGCCUCAAUCAUCGCUGGGUAGCCCUAAAAGUUUGACUGUUUUU